AUGCGAGAUGAUUUAUCUAUCUCUGAAGAACCUGGAGUACUAGUACCUGAGUCACAGAGGAAUGACGCCGAAGAUGUCGUUCAACAUCGUGAAGACCAGCCCCUACUCCACGCACCCGAUGAGGACACCUGGAAACCCCCGCGGGGGUUCACAUGGAUUCAGCUAGCUAUCAUGUCUAACGUCUUUCUCUACGGGCUUGACAGUACAAUCACUGCUGCUACGUAUGCUGUCAUCAGCUCUGAGUUUGAUGCGGCCAACACUGCUUCAUGGUUGACUACUUCAUAUCUUAUCACAAGCACGGCCUUUCAGCCGCUCUAUGGAAGAGUGUCUGAUAUUUUUGGUCGACGUUUGUGCUUCUUUAUCUCAACUGUCACCUUUGCUCUUGGGUGUCUUGGAUGCGGUCUUGCGAGCAAUGUGGUCUUUCUCAACGUCAUGAGGGCGUUGACUGGCUUCGGUGGAGGAGGCCUGAUGACAAUGGCUACCAUUGUCAACUCAGACAUGAUUCCGUUUCGUAAACGUGGAAUGUACCAAGCUCUUCAGAACGGUAUCUAUGGGUUUGGAGCCAUAUCUGGAGCCUACUUUGGAGGCUCGAUUGCAGAUCAUAUUGGAUGGCGAUGGUGUUUCCUGCUUCAAGUCCCGGUCUCGAUUGCAGCCUUGAUCAUUGGCGCUUUAGUUGUUUCUAAUCAAACCACAUGUUCCGAAUCCGAGAACAACCUGGGUGCCGUUUGGAAGAGGGUUGACUUUACCGGGUCUCUACUCAUGGUCAUGGCAGUCUCUAUUCAACUCUUGGGACUAAGCCUUGGAGGCAAUGAGCUACCUUGGAGCAGUCCUUGGGUCAUUGGAUGUUUGGUCGGCAGUAUCGCUUUGUUCGCGUUGUUUUUUCUCGUCGAGGCCAAGACAAGCGCUAUUCCAGUAAUUCCUCUUCGUUUGUUACAAGGAAGGCUCCCUAUUUCGACGCAGUUUGCAAAUGUCUGCGCAGGUAUGGCCGCUUAUGGAUACCUGUUCAUGCUCCCGCUUUUCUUCCAAGUUGUUCUUCUUGACUCGGCUACCACCGCCGGGGCCCGGCUUGCAAUUCCAUCUCUGGCAACCCCAAUCGGUGGUGUUAUUGCCGGUGUCGUAAUGUCUCGCUGGGGCAAAUUACUCACUCUUGUGCGCAUUGGAGCUUUCCUGAUGGUAUUAGGGAAUGGCUUAGUAGCUUCGUUACGGUUCCAUGACUCGAAGUGGAAGUACUUUGUUUAUGUCUUUCCGGCGAACCUUGGCCAGGGCAUUAUUUAUCCCGGAAUUCUCUUUACUUCACUCGCUUCAUUCCCGCAUUCCGAUCAUGCAGUUACCGCCUCGACAGUGUAUCUUGUCCGUUCGAUGGGAACGGUUUGGGGCGUUUCGACUACUUCUGCCAUUGUGCAAACCACUCUCAGCGCCCGCUUACCGGAAGCAUUGGUCGGCGUGCCAGAUAAAUGGAGUAUCAUUGAGCAAAUCCGACACUCGGUCGAUUACAUUCACGAGCUCCCCUUAGACCUGCAACUCAAGGUUCGUUUAGCCUAUUAUGAUGGGAUCAGAUAUGCCUUUGGUGUCUCAACCGCCGUUGCUGUUAUAGGAUUCUGCGCCGCUUGCAUCGCUAGCGGAACCGGGCUUCGAACCACUCACAAGUAA